AUGGCAACAUCGAAGGACCUGCUCCUUGACACAGAAGUUGCACUUCGACCUCCCAGUACUGUCCCUCUUCCAAUUCUCAACCUACGCCAGAUCUUCGAUGAACUGGUCAAGCCCCGCGGUAUCACCUCAGAAGUAUUCUUGCGCAUGCUCGUCGCCGGCUCCGAGAAAUGGUGGAAUGUUCCCGAACAUGACUUUCCAGCGCACUUUCGACUCGCAUUUGCGAGAUGCCGCUACCGGAAGCCCUAA